AUGUUCGAGGAUCUGCCACUGGGCGUACAUCAGUGGGACCUCACAACUCGAGAGGCGAUCGAACAUGCACGCCUCUUCCACAUAGCCGUUGCCAUCUACUCUCUAGUAAUCAUCCCGCUCAAAGUUACUCUCAUCCUACAAAUACGGCGCAUCUUCAUGCCUCACAACCGUUCACUCCACGCUCGACCGCUUCUUCUCUGGACCAUCGACAGUUUCCUGAUCUUGAACGUCAUGUUCUACGCCGCACUGUUUCUCUUCCAAUUUUUGGCCUGUCGACCGCUGGCGCACGCCUGGAACCCCCUGGUCCUCGGGACUUGUGUCAAGGACAAGCUAGUCGUCCAUGUAGUGUCCGCAUCGAUCAACACGGCCAGCGACCUCAUCAUCGUCACACUACCCCAGCCCGUCAUCUGGCGGCUCGAGCUCAGCAAGAAGCGAAAAUGGGGACUAAGCGCCGUAUUUCUGCUCGGCGGUCUCGCCUGCGCCGCGUCCUCCAUCCGCCUCUACUACGCCGUGCGCCUCUACUACUCAACAGACCAGACCUACCGCGCGGCAGUCAUGGGCAAAUGGGCCGAGCCCGAACUGACCUUUGGCUUCCUAGCUGCCUGUCUACCCGUGCUCCCCGCCUUCCUCAAACAUCUGCUACGCACACCCGUUGGGCUGAAGGUUAGGAGCUUGUGGACGCAGAGCCCCGUCUCCAAGGCGCAGACUGAUGAGGAGGGGUGCGACGCCAGCAGAGGAGGUAGGCAGGUCAGGACGAUUGGUAGCUAUGGCCGUAGUGCUGAGAAGAGUGGGAGGAUUACCAAGUGCGUUGAGAUGGACAUUGAGUUUGAGGAGUUGACGAGGGACUCGGGAGAUGGGAAUGCGGGUGCGGCAGCGCGGACGAGUCGCGCUACGAUUCGAGACAGUGACGAGGAAUGGGUUGUUGGCGGGGGAGCCGCCACGCAGGGAGUUGGUGGUCGGCUACCGAGGAAGUGA